UUCUGAUCACCCACCACCUUUGAUUAAGCGCACAAGCACCAGUACUGUCUAACAAACCCUGCUUCUGCCUGUGUGUCCCUGAAACUGAGACUGAGAUGGCUUCCAAGGCUGCAUCCAUUGCCCUUCUCCUCGCCUUCAACCUCCUCUUCUUCACUCUGGUCAGCUCUACCUACGUCCCUUGCCCACCACCCCCAAAGAAGCACACCCCAAAGCUCCCCAAGCCAGGGCCCAAGUACCCUCCGGUUUAUCCCAGUUGCCCAAGGGACACCCUGAAGCUUGGUGUCUGUGCCAACCUCUUGAACGAUUUGGUGCACCUUGUUGUGGGAACCCCACCAAAGUACCCUUGCUGCAGUCUCAUUGAGGGUCUUGCUGACCUUGAAGCCGCUGUCUGCCUUUGCACCGCCAUCAAGGCCAACAUCUUGGGCAUUCACCUCAAUGUCCCCGUCUCUUUGAGCUUGCUCUUGAAUUACUGUGGAAAGAAGGUGCCCUCUGGCUUCCAAUGCGCCUAACUGGACUCUCCUCGAUCUUGCUCUACUGCUUCUUACUGCAUGCAUGCUCUCUGGUAUCAGCAAGUGUGAAUUACCUAUUCUAUAUUAUUCCUUCGCCCAAAGGGGUUUUAGUUUCCUUGUAAUUCCUGGUGUUCUCUUCUUUCUUUCUUUCUUUCUUUCUUUUUUUCUCUCUCUUUUUUUGGGUAAUCAAUCUCUUCUUCUUUGUUUUGUUUGGUGGUCAUGAGAAGGCUCCUCACCUUCUCUACAUUAUUCUGUAGCUUUCUGAAUUUAAUAAGCAUACCAGUCUGUACUCUGUGGCAGUAAAACAAGCAAACCCUUCAGAAUGAGAUGAACUGCAGAGUUUAUUAAAUGAUGCCGGUGUUAAUUAAAUUGCAUGACUUCUUUCUAAG